UCUCACUAGCAAAGUCCUGGAACUCCGAUAAGUAGUGGUGAUGUUGUGGUUAUCCAUGCCGCCGACACUUCUCCGAUCGUUCACUUCUACGGAAGCCCGCCUGUUGUGAGAGCUCCCCACGCAUGGAGUUAAGCUCUGAUCGUGCGGUGGCAAGGCUGGAGAUGUCGCAGAUCCAGAGCGAAGACGGGGAGCUUCUUAAUGAUAACAGCGACAGGGACUACGAGAGCUUGCCGCCUCAUGUCUCCGUUACGACCCACAUGACAGCAGGAGCCGUGGCAGGCAUACUGGAGCACACGGUGAUGUACCCCGUGGACUCUGUCAAGACACGGAUGCAGAGCCUGCAGCCGGACCCAAAUGCACAGUACAAGAGUGUGUACGAAGCCCUGAAAAGGAUCAUCAAGACAGAGGGGAUCUUCAGACCACUGAGGGGCCUCAACAUCACCAUGAUGGGAGCAGGGCCCGCCCAUGCACUCUACUUCGCCUGCUACGAGCGCGUGAAACACUCGCUGAGUGACAUCAUUCAGAGCGGAGGCAACAGCCACAUCGCCAAUGUAGGUGUGGCAGGGAGUGUGGCCACUGUUCUGCAUGAUGCCGUGAUGAAUCCAGCUGAAGUGGUAAAGCAGAGGAUGCAGAUGUACAACUCUCCAUAUCGAGGACUUUGGGACUGUGUUCGGACAGUGACGCACACCGAAGGCGUUGGAGCCUUCUACCGCAGCUACAGCACUCAGCUGACCAUGAACAUCCCCUUCCAGGCGGUCCACUUCAUCACCUAUGAACUGAUGCAGGAGCAGUUGAACCCCCACCGGCAUUACAACCCGGGCAGCCACAUAGUGUCGGGGGCAGCGGCGGGGGCGGUUUCGGCUGCGGUAACCACUCCUCUGGACGUUUGUAAAACACUGCUCAACACGCAGGAGAACGUAGCGCUGACUUCUGUGAACGUCAGCGGACACCUGUCGGGAAUGGCCAACGCCUUCAGGACGGUGUACAGAGUCGGAGGUCUGGCAGCCUUCUUCAAAGGGAUCCAGGCUCGGGUUAUAUACCAGAUGCCCUCUACUGCCAUAGCCUGGUCUGUGUAUGAGUUCUUCAAGUACUUCCUGACUAAGCACAAGCUGGAACAAGAGGUGGUAUCUGGGCAGCUGUAGUAUGUUCUUACCUAGAAUGAUGAAACACUCCAGCCCAAAGGUUGUGUAAGUCAGUGCGGAGGAAACGGCAUCAAGUCACCAGGUGGAGGGGUGGCGUUUAAUGCCGCUCUCAUUACCUGGGUUUGUGUUUGUUGUUUUAGCUACGAGAACGGUCGUACAACCAUUCUAUGCAACAAAAAUGAUUUUUCUCAAAUAGACAAAUAGUGUCAUAUUUUACUUGCACCUCUUUGCUCCACUACCAAGUAAACCCCAGCUCAGUUUCCUGGUGGUUCCAUGUGGUGAGCACAUGAUCAAGUUGUCUGAAGCUGUUUAUUUCUCUGAAAUAUUGGAAUUUUUUAUUUAUUUGGUUAGCUUCGUCUAGCUUAAAGUUUAUGGACGUGGAGAAAAACACAGUGCUGUUUGUUUUGUUGUGUGUUCAUGAAAAUCCAUUUCAACAUUCCUUAUUUCCAGCCCUCUGCGGAAGAGACAGCAAUGUUAUACAAGUGCCUAAUGAAUAUCAAGCAUUUCUCCACCCUUGUUUUUUUUAUUCCGGAUCCUUGUUCUUUUACAUAGGAAUAUUUGUUUUGUUCUGGCUCCGAGACGUAUUCAAACACGCACAGUUCUGCUUCAAGGUAUGUGGGCCAAAACAGACCACUCACGGGUGCAUCUCGGUAAAUCAGAAUAUCAUCAAAACGGGAAUUUGUUUCUGGAAUGUAUUUCAAAAUGUAAAACUCAUGUUUUUUAGAUUAUUUACAGAGUGAUUUAUUGGAAGGAUUUAAUUGUUAAUUUUGAUGCUUUAUGGCUUACAGCUAAUGAAAACUCCAAAUUCAAUUUCUCUGGAAAUUAGAAUAUUACCAAAGGUCAAUAAAAUGGAUUUUUAAAUACAGAACUGUCAGCCGAUUCGGAAGUAUGACCAUGUACUGUACAGUGUAUGGGAACCUUGCCUAUGAAUUACUGCAUCAUUGCAGUGUUGCAUGGAAGCAAUUCAAAAGAGGCUGUUUUGACAUGUUAAAAGAAGCCCAGGUUGCUUGAAUAGCCACCUUUAGCUCUGGGUGUUGAUGUGACCAGGUGUGUGGAAAUGCCAAGUUCUGCUGGAAAAUCUGGAUCUGUUUGCUCCAGAUGCAGUCCACAUCUGGUGAAUCUCCUCCAGAACUCAUGAAUGAACUAUGCUUCACAAUAUUCUCAAGGCUGCAGUUAUCCUUGUUGCUUGGGCACCUUUCUCCACCACAGGUUUUCCUUCCACUUAAUUUCACAUUAUUAUAAUUGGAUAGGGCACUCUGUGAAUAGCCAACAUCUUCAGCAAUGAUUUUCUUUUUUUUGUGCAAGGUGUCCACAGCUGUCUGCAGGAUAACCAUAAACUCGGCGGUCUUUAUGGUUCCAUAGGUCAUAGCAAGGACACAAUAUCAGUUUUGCAUUGAAAUCCUUUUUUAUUUUUUUUUGUCUUAUAAUCUAAUUUUCUGAUUUUCUGAAUGUUGGGUUUUUAUUAGCAAAAGCCAUAAUAAUUGAAAAUAACUGAAUUAGGUUUUGAAAAUAUUGCUUUUAAAAGAUCCAUGAGUUUCACUUUUUAAAUCAAGUUACUGAAAUAAAUUAACUUUUUUUCAGAUGUUGUAAUUUAUUGAGACUUUUCCUGUAUUUGCCUUGUAAAAGCAUAAUACUACAAUGCUCCUGAGUCACGCACAAUAGACCCUUAGCUGUUGCACAACAUUGGCAGCUUGUUUAUAUGAAUUCAAGACAUAUAUUUAUAUAUAGAAGUUGACUAUUUCUGAGAAACCUCUUUAAGCACGUCCUGUGGUGGAUCAGAUCCGACUAUUAUUUUGGAGGAUGACAGUUUAGCUUUUGCCCGACAGGUGUUUUGUCAUAGCAACCCUAAAGGCUUUAGAUUGUAUGAAUCAUCCAACGUAUAUCUUUUAUGUUCUGUUUGUUACUCUGUGACCCAAAAUGUAAGCUGGAAAAUGAAAUUGUUUAAACCAAGCACUGUCUGUCUUCAUGAGGUCAGUAAAAACCUGGUCAGAUCAAAUUGUUUCAUUUUUCUCCCAUCCUGUUAGAGUUGCGCGUUUCCUGUGUGCUCUCUGCUUUUUCCGGCCUAUUGUCAAAUUUUUUGAUUCUGCUUUUCGAAUAUUUAGCCAGAUGUUGUUGUAAUCCAGAAAUCACUUAGAUUGAUCUGUGUUUGAUUAUUGGGUUUUCUGUCUCCAGAAGACGUUUGUCAGAUUCCAGUGGUCUUACACAAUCCAUGGGUUGCUCCAGCUUGUGUGUUUCAUGCAGAAAUGACCAAACCAAAGAUGCGUGUUGUUUUCGUUGUGCAUUCUGCUUUUUAUCUGUUGGAGCUUCCCUGCUGUGAACUCAUAUUCCAUCUCUGCAGUUUCACCUCAAUAUAGUGUUAAAUUACUAGGAAAAACAUUUCUACAAGUUUCACUUUUCAGUGCAAACUGUUUAUCUGAAUGUUUUUAGUUUGGCUCAGAAAAUCAGAUUUUUUUUUUUGUUUCCCGGUUUUUCGCUACUGGUCUUAUCUGGUUGAGUUGGUUUAGAAUAGUUAACCUACUCACGUUGCUUUCGGUGCAAUAUGACUUCACAGAAAUGCAAUAGAUUGAGUUAACUAGAUAAUAAAUGCAACAAAGAUUGUAUUUGUUUUGUUGUAAUAAAAUCAGACCACAUUUCAGAUCACUGACAAUACAUUUCUCUUCUCAUAAUUACAUUAUAAUGAUAAAGAAAAUCAAAGUGCUGUCAGGUGUAAAUAGUUUUUUAACUAAGUAUUUACAUUUGAACUGUAUGAACUGCACCAUUUCUUUUAUCUGUGAACUCUCAGCAAGCUUCACAGUCAUAUUACAAAUGUUUUGACAAAAAUAUCUCUUUGCUUUAUCAAGAGGAAAGUUUUGUAUUUUUUGAAAGGAAAUUCCUUGAUGUAAAUAUGUUUGUAGUAUUUAUGCCAAGUUGAUUGAAAUGGCAGAUGGUCUGAUUUUUGCUGAGUAACAUCUCCGGAUCUGGAAAGCUUGGAAAUUUGACAAUGCAAACAAAACAUGAUUGUGACAACGCUGCUACAGUUUAUAACAUUGGAGCUGAAAUAAACAUGCAGAUUUGGAA